AUGAGUUGUUUCGGGUACCGUCGAGAGCUAAGUAAGUAUGAAGAUGUCGACGAGGAUGAGCUGCUGGCUUCCCUUAGCCCUGAGGAGCUGGCUGAGUUGGAAAAAGAACUUGCGGAUAUCGACCCUGAUGCCAAUGUGCCCAUAGGACUCAGACAGAGAGACCAGACAGACAAAACCCCAACAGGCACGUUCAGCAGAGACGCCCUAAUGAAGUAUUGGGAAAAUGAGACACGUAAAAUUCUCGAGGAUGAGAUUGGGGGAGGAAGCCCCAAACCGGAUGAGGAAGAAGAGGAGGAAAACGUGACAGAGAGAAACAGCGAAGCAGAGGAUGAAAAAGAUGACAAAAAUGAGAAAGAGCAGAAAAAGCACGAGAAACAAAAGGAGGAAGAAGAAGAAGAAGAAGAGGAGGAAGAAGAAGAGGAGGAAGAGGAGGAGGAGGAUGAAGAAGAAGAGGAGGAGAGCGAGGAAGAGGAGGAAGCAGUGACAGAAGAGGAGGACGAGGAGGAAGAGGAGCAACAAGAUAAUAAAACAAAGCCUGAACCCUCAAAGGAUUCUGGGCCACUGACAUCACAGUUCGUCAUCCCAAAGCUGCUAACGCCUCCGAGGGUGGAGCCUAGGAGACUGACUCCUCCCCCUCCGCUUAUUGACCCCAACGUGGGCGGAAAUCCCAUCGUUGUUGAUGAUGCUCUCCAACGAGCCAUUGACAAUGACCCUGAACUCACAGAAGUUAAUCUUAACAACCUUGAUGACAUCUCACAGGAAACCCUCAUCCGAUUUGCGGAAGCACUGAGAUCCAACACACACGUGCGGGUCUUUAGUCUUGCCAACACUCAUGCUGAUGACCCUGUGGCUCUGGCCAUCGCUAAGAUGCUGAGGGAGAACUCGUCGAUCAUCAGUCUCAAUAUAGAGUCCAACUAUGUGACUGGAAAGGGUGUAAUGGCACUAGUUCAAGCACUUCCAGGAAAUAACACGCUGACUGAGCUUCGAUUCCACAACCAGAGACACAUGUGUGGAGGACAGGUAGAGAUGGAGAUGGUUAAGAUUCUCAGGGAAAAUUACACCUUGAUCAAACUGGGCUACCAGUUUAACCUCCCUGGUCCUAGGAUGAGCAUGACAGGAAUACUGACCAGGAAUCAGGACCGCCAGAGACAGAAACGACUGCAGGAGCAGAGGCAGCAGCAGGGCCAGCAGGGCCAGCAGGACGGAGUCCUUAACCCCAGAACCACUGCACUGAGAGGAACACCAGGUUCAUCACCAUACAGCUCUCCCAGAGCAUCUCCUUGGUCCUCACCCAAACUUCCCCGGAGCGACCUGGCUAAAAAGCAGACCCCUCCUGCUCCACCUCCUCCUCCACCGCCUCCCCCUCCACCUCCUCCACCUCCUCCUCCACCACCUCCCAUGCAGCAGGAGAAGAGAAAACCUACCAGGAUGAUUGCAGAGGUCAUCAAAGCCCAUGAGGUGGGCAGCACAAAGCCUGCAAAGAGAAAGGGGAAGAAGGGUAAGAAGGGGAAGGGGAAGGAGUCAGAGAAGGACGAGACAAGUAACAUCCUGAAGGAGCUUAAGAAUGCGCUAAGGCCCAUGGCGUUUGAGAGGAGAGGGGAGGACUGCAGCAGGCCAUCCACACCAAUGAGGUCGGCGCACGACCAGCUGAUGGAAUCCAUUCGCACCAGCAGCGUCCGCAACCUAAAACAAGUGGAACUCCCACAUCAUCUACGAUAA